CUGACCGGAAUCCCAAAUCGCAAGGGGCCCAGAGCGGCCAUUUCGCUUAUGUUGUCAACUGUUCUAAGCUGUGAACCGCCUGCGGGAUGCUGAGAAAAUGCUGAGCUGUCUAUAUUAUGGAUGGGCACUGAAAAGGCCAGAAUGUCGGAUUAGGCACUCCAGACACGGACAGCUUGAAGCCUCAGCUCUCUGAAGGCAACAGGAAAUGUAAUUGGCACUUCUGGAAAUUGACCACGUAGAGGACUGCAUGGGAUAGUGGCAACUGUGUGCAGUUUAAAGUGAGGCGGACCUGGGACUCACUCCCUGUUCUUCCCUUUGCAGACUGAGUGACCUUGUAACAGCACUGUUUCCUCAUCCACAAAAUGGGACUUCUGGUGUCCCUGCAGAGCCCCUGGGUCAGGCCACAUCGCUGAGGCUGCAGGACCUCCCUUCACAGCCCCAGCCUGACUCUUCCCAGCAGCUCUGAUUGGAGCCUUCUGAUGCCCACCCAGCUCCAGGCUCCUGGAAAGAGUGGAGCUGUCAGCAAAAGAGACCAAGAAUUGAAGCCCAGAAACGACAUGCUUGCUGAUGUGAAUUUACUGCAGAGGCCCCAGGUCUUGGGUCCAGAGGAGCGGGAUGGAUCAUGUGAGGGCUCCGUGUCAUUUGAGGACGUGACCAUAGACUUCAGCAGGGAGGAGUGGCAGCAACUGGACCCUGCCCAGAGACGCCUGUACCAGGACGUGAUGCUAGAGAUCUACAGCCACCUCUUCUCCGUGGGGUAUCACAUUCCCAACCCAGAGAUCAUUUUCAGGAUGGAAAAAGGAAAGGAGCAAUGGAUGGGGGAGGCUGAACUCCCACGUCAGAGGUAUCACGAAGGGGAGUUUGGGCUUGAAACCCCACACUGGGAAAUUUCUGAAACAGCUUCAUUUCACAAUGAGAUGGUGGGUGAAGUCACAAGAGAUGGCUCAUGGUGUUCCAUUUUAGAAAAGCUGUGGGAAGAAGCUGACCAAACAAAGAGAGACCAGAAAAAUCAAAGUAAACCUUCACAUCAGGGGGCUUUCCUCAACCAGAAAAAAUUGAACACAGAGAGGGACUGUGAUUAUAAGGACCCUGGGAAAAUCAUCCACACGAGGCCCCACCUUGUUCCUUCACAAAAGAGACCUCAUAAACAUUGCUCUUUUGCAAAAAGGUUGAAACCUAACCUAGAAGUAAAUCAUCAAAGUCAAAGCAACACCACAGAACACCUUGAUGAGAUGGUUGAAUCUGGUCAGCUAUUCACCCAUAGCUCUUCCAGUGCCAGCUGCAAAAAUACUCAUACAGGAGAGAACUUCUGUAAAGGUAAUUCAUGUACAAAAGUCUUCGGCCGUAAACAGUCACUCACACAACAUCAAGUUCACACUCAGGAAAAACCAGAUAAGUGCACUGAAUGUGGGAGGGACUUUACCCAGAAGUCACACCUCCUUGAGCAACAGAGAUUCCAUAGUGUAGAAAACCUCCAGGAAUGUGGUAAAUGCGGGAGAGCCUUCACCCCACAACCAAAACUCGGUAUAUAUGUGACAGAUCAUACAGGUAACAUACCGUAUAUAUGUAAGGAAUGUGGAAAAGUCUUUGUUCAGAGGCCAGAACUGGUUACACACCAGAAAGCUCACACUAGAAAGAAGCCCCAUAAAUGCCAUGAAUGUGGAAAAGCCUUUUUCCAGAUGUUAUCUCUCUUCAGACAUCAAAGAACUCAUACUAGAGAAAAACUCUACGAAUGCACUGAAUGUGGGAAGGGCUUCUCCCAGAAUUCAACCCUCAGUAUACAUCAGAAAAUUCAUACCGGCGAGCGACAGUACGUAUGCAGCGAAUGUGGGAAGGCCUUCACCCAGAAGUCAACACUCAGCUUGCACCAGAGGAUCCAUUCAGGGGAGAAGUCUUAUGUCUGUAUUGAAUGUGGCCAGGCCUUUAUCCAGAAGGCACACCUGAUUGUACAUCAGAGAAGUCACACGGGAGAGAAACCUUAUCAGUGCCACAACUGUGGGAAAUCCUUCAUUUCCAAGUCACAACUUGAUAUACAUCAUCGAAUCCAUACUGGGGAGAAACCUUAUGAAUGUAGCGACUGUGGGAAAACCUUCACCCAAAAGUCGCACCUCAACAUACACCAGAAAAUUCACACUGGAGAAAGACACCACGUGUGCAGUGAAUGUGGGAAGGCCUUCAACCAGAAGUCAAUACUCAGCAUGCAUCAGCGAAUUCACACCGGAGAGAAGCCUUACAAAUGCAGUGACUGUGGGAAAGCCUUUACUUCCAAGUCACAAUUCAGAGAGCAUCAGCGGAUCCACACUGGAGAGAAACCCUACGUAUGCACUGCAUGUGGGAAGGCUUUCAACGGUAGGUCAAAUUUCCAUAAACAUCAGAUGACUCACAGUAGAGAGAGAACUUUUGCCUGUUACAAGUGUGGACACACCUUCACCCAGAAAUCAGAGCUGAUUACACAUCAGAGAACUCAUAUCGGAGAGAAACCUUACGAAUGCUGUGACUGUGGAAAAUCCUUCAGUAGGAAACCACAACUCAAAGUGCAUCAACGAAUCCACACAGGAGAGAGACCUUACGUGUGUUCCAAGUGUGGGAAGACCUUCAACAACAGAUCAAAUUUUAAUAAACACCAAACAACUCAUACCAGAGACAAAUCUUACAAAAGCAGUUAUUCUGUGCAAGGCUUUACUCAGAAGUCAAUUCCUAAUAUGCAUUAUACGUAAAUGAAAUAAACUCUGAAUUUCUUGAAGAAAAAAAUCUUAUGAGUCAGAUUUAAUCAUGUAUUAUAGAAUUCAUGCUUCAGAAAAACUCUAGGGAUGCACUGCAUGUCACCAAGUUACACAUUUUAUGUGAAGGAAAUUAUUCGGGAAAGAACUUUUAAGAAUGAGUGGAAAUGUCCAUAUUUGUACUAGCCUCAUUAAAAGUUAUAAAAUUCACUUGGGGAAGAAACCCUGACUAAUGCAUUGAGAAGUUUCUGUAGAAUAUGGUGUAAGACAGAAUCUUUAGGUCAGCAUAUUUGUUUAUAUACACACAUACACAUACCCUCAAUUCUGUAGUGUUUGCUAUAGAAUUCACUGCAGAACAGGAGGUGUCAAUAAAUUACAUAUUUUUUAAAAGAACCUAAUAUAUAUACAGAUAAAUGUACAUUUUUUGGUAAAUGCAUAAAUGUGAUUCUAGUCUUCACAGUGUCGUUUUUCUCUUUCUUUCAUGAUUAGUUCAGCUCUACCCUCCUCUUUCCACCUCCACCAUCUAUGGUGAAACUUUUGGUCUAUG